ACAGGAGGUACCUACGGUACCUACGGUACCGUAGGUACAGCAUGAGCAUGACAUUGUGCGCAUGCUGAUUGAUUUCCGGCAGCCAUGACAGACGACGAGGAGCACGCGUCGCUGCUGAAGACGAGGUCCGCCGAGGCCGCGCGGCUCGGGGCGCUCUACCACGAGACGCCGGAGGUGGCCAACCUGCGGCUGUGGUGGGGCCUCUGCUACGCCAACGCCAUGGGGGUCUGCGGAAUCGUCUUGGUCGCCCUCGGGUCGACGCUGAGCGCGCUCGCCGCCGACUGCGGGACGACGGAGACGGCCGUGGGCACGGUGUUCAUCGCGCGCGGCAUCGGCGCGAUCACGGGCGCGCUCGGGUCCGCGCGGCUCUACGCGCCGCCGCGGCGCGGGAACGCGGUGAUGGUCGUCGUGCUGUUGCUGCUGAGCGUCGUGCUCCUCUACAUGCCCUUCGUCCGCGACGUCUGGGUGCUGCACGCCACGUGGUUUCUGCUCGGCGCGUGCACGGCGACGCUCGACACCGGGUGCCAAAUCAUGACGCGCAAGGUCCACGGCGUGCACGCGGGGCCCUGGCUCGGCGCGAACACCGUCUGCUUCGCGAUCGCGGGCGCGCUCGUCCCGCUCAUCGAGAUCGUCACGGGCGAGCUCUUCGCGCAGUACGCGACGCUCGCGCGCGGCCGCGCGGAGACGACGGCGCGUCGCGUCGAUCGCGCGCCGCGAGCGGGACGCGCCGCAUCCACGGGGCGCUCCGGCGCAGGCGACCAUUUCCGUGCUCAACGGCGCCGCGCUCUACGCGGCGCCGCACCCCGAGAGCCCCGACGUCCGCGCGCUCCUCCCGCCGCGCGUCGGCGUGCCGGGCGGCAAGGACGGACGGCACGCCCGGGGACCCUACCACCUCGAAAUUAUCUUCGGCGGCGCCGUCUUCUGGCUCAUCGGCGGCGCGCGCCCGGGCGGUCGUAAAUCGCCGCCGCCCCUUUCGACCGGACCGGUGCGCGCAGGUAAGGUCGACUGCACGUCGUACAUCAGCACGUACGUGCGGCAGACGGGCGUCGUCGCGGCGUCCAAGGCGAGCCUCUCCGUCCUCGUGCUCUGGAUCGCCAUCACCGUCGGCCGCCUCGUGGGACUCCAGGACCAGAUCAACCUGAAGAAACAGCCGACGCGCGCAAUUUUCGCGCACCUCGCCGCGUGGCUCCUGACGGGCACGGUCGGCAUGUUCGCGACGGCGGUCUUUCCCGGGCAACCCUGGGCCUUUUGGACCGGCGUCGCCCUCUACGGCCUCGGCAACGGGCCCUGCGUGGGCUACUGCUACGACCUCGUCAACCGCAUGACGGUCGCGACCGAGGAGGGCAUGUCCAUCGUCAUGUUCGGCCUGAACUUCGGCGCCUCGCUAGUUCCCUACCUCACGACGGUGAUCUGGGACUACACGAGCUCCGGACCGGGCGUCCUCAUCUGGGUCACCCUCCUCUCCAUGUUCAUCCCGAUGCCGCUGCUCGUCGCCGCCGCGAUGGUCGGCAAGGUCGACUAGGGGCGCUUUGGUAGGAGGGGCGAACUGGGGCCGUGGCCUGGUCACGUCGGGGCGGCCGCAUAUUUUUAAGUGAGUCCUUCGUUAA